CACACUUAUAAGAGACUGUUCUUGUCACAAUAUUUUGGUGGGAGCUGCCUCAAAUCAUUACAAUCACCCAACAUAGAGUGACCGAGCGAUCAUCAGGAACUAUCAGAGGGGUCACUAGUUAUGUUGUUUGAUGUGUGACUUCUUUUGUUAUGUUAGGCAAAACCUUUGAUAUUAUUGAGUAGUGUACUUAUAUUAUUGAGGUCUUUAAUUAUUAUUGAGUAGUGUUGUAUAUUUGAGGUGUGACUCGCUGCUCGUCUCAACCAUUACCUUCUGUUAGAGUAGUAAGGGCUAAUAGAUCAGGACGAUGAGUCUUGAAAGCUUCACCAAUGGUUUCCAAUCAAAUGAUGACCGCUUGAAAGAGGUGAAGGCUUUUGAUGCUACAAAGAUGGGGGUGAAAGGAUUGAUAGAUUCCGGUGUAAAAUGUAUUCCAAAGAUAUUCAUUCGACCCCUUGACGAGCUUUCAGAAGAUUCGAAGACUCCUUGUGUCAAACUCCAAGUUCCGACAAUAAAUUUAGAAGGCAUUGAUCGGAAGGAUCGCUACAAUGAGAUUGUGAAAGAAGUCCUUGAUGCAUCAGAAACAUGGGGAUUCUUUCAAGUUGUUAAUCAUGGAAUUUCUGUUGAACUGCUUGAUGAGAUGCUGCAGAGGGUUCGGAUGUUUCAUGAGCAGAAUACUGAGGUAAAGAAAGAGUUCUACACCCGUGAAACAUUGAAACAAGUCGUGUAUAACUCCAAUUACGACCUUUAUACAUCACGGUCAGCCAAUUGGAAAGACACUUUGGUUGUUAACGCCUACUAUGGACAUCUUGAUCCAAAAGAAUUACCAGAAAUAUGCAGGGAUGUGAUGUUGGACUACACCAACCAUGUAAUGAAGCUAAGUGACAUUCUACUAGAGUUGCUGUCUGUUGCUCUAGGACUUGGACCAGAUCAUCUGAGAGAAAUGGAAUUUAAAAAGGGUUGGAGCUUAGUAAACCACUAUUACCCGGCUUGCCCUGCUCCAGAUUUGACAUUAGGAGCUAGUAAACACUCAGAUUCAGCUUUUCUCACAAUACUUCUGCAAGACCAAAUUGGCGGUCUUCAAGUCCUUCAUGAAAAUCAAUGGGUCAAUGUUCAGCCCAAACCUGCUGCCUUUGUUGUAAAUAUUGGAGAUAUUCUUCAGAUGGUAUCAAAUAAUAAGCUCAGAAGUGUUCAUCACAGAGUGAUUGCUAAUCUUAUUGGACCAAGGAUUUCGGUAGCAUUUUUUCUCAGGGGUGUUUUAUCUUCUGAAAAGUUAUACGGACCUAUUAAAGAGUUGUUGUCGAAAGAAAGUCCACCUGUUUAUCGUGAGUUUACUCUCAGCGAUUUCUACUCAUACUUCUUCUCCCGGCCCCUCAACGAGUCUGGGUUUGAGUACUUCAAAGUAUAAAAUCAUGGAGAGAGGAAAUAGCAAGAUACCUCAGUACUCAAAAGAGUAUCAUAAUUACGUGUAUCUGUACUUAUGUUUGGCUUCACUUAGUUGAAAUAUUGAUGGAAAUCAUGGAAUCAUGGAAGUAUAGUUCUCUGUUCUUCUGUUUGUUGUAUCUCGUAAAUCAAUGAAAUGAAUGCUACUACGCAUUAUGAUUGCUUAGAAAAUAA